ACUUCCACUUUCGUCAUUACACGAUCAAACACAGCACUUUCAUUCUCUCCCCUCUGAAACCGUACCCAAUUCUUCUUUUUCUCCUCAAAUGGAAGACCAAGUGAACAGAGAACUAGACCUUCUACCACCAUCGCGGGCCGACUCCUCCCUCCUACGUCUGCGAUCCACGGCGGCAGCAGACAGCGGCUCUCCAUCGGUAGACCUUCAGCUAUCCAUAAGCGUGCGGCCGCCUGCGGUGCUGAUGUGCGAGGGCGUGGAGGCGCUGAAGUGGCAGACGGCGGAGCAAAUCCAGCUGGCGGCGAUGGAGAAGGCGUACGCGGAGAGAGUUAGGGAGCUGACGCGGCGGGAGAUGGAGCUAGCGCAGUCGGAGUUCGCACGUGCGAGGCAAAUGUGGGAGCGUGCGAGGGAGGAGGUGGAGAGAGCAGAGAGGAUCAAAGAAAGAGCAACCAAACAGGUUGAUUCCACGUGCAUGGAGAUCACCUGCCACUGUUGUAGGCAAAGAUUCAAGCCUGCUUCUGCUUGAAAAUUUUCACUUGAUCCAUGAUCCAUGAUCUAUCAAAUCCAACAUUUUCCAUCUCAAUUUUCUUUCUCUUUGAUUUCUUUCCCUCUUUCUAUUUUCUAACAAUUGAAACCAAGCAAUAACACUUUCCUUAAUUGAUUCCCCUGCCUUCAAUCGUUUCAAUAAACAAUAAUCAGAAGAAGAAAAAAAAAACAAGUUCAUGUUUCAAUUGUGAUGACCGAUGAGUACUGGAUAUGGACAUGGUUUCUUAGAAAUUUGCUAUUCAAUUCAAUGAGUUAGUUAAUUAAGACGGUGUGUUCUGUAAUCGUUUCGUCUCUUGUUCAUUCUUUUGAUCUUGAAUUAAGUUUCAGGAGCAAGAGAAUUGACAAGAGACGAUACACGUACAAUUAAAUGUACGUAUAAAGGCAAGAUUGAAGGCUAGAAGAUUAAGUUCCUUUUUAAAUUAUUUUUUGCAUGUUUUUAUGAAUUUUUUUUAGGGGCUAGAUGGAUAAAUCAGAAAGAGGUAAUUAUUAGUACUCGAUGGCGACCUUGCUCUGUUGUGUUAUUUUCAGAAACUUGUUAUAUCAUGUAGCUAUCUCGAGUAUUGUAAUUUGUAACCAAGGUCCAAGAUCACAAGAUUCCAUCACAGGUUCAGAACUUUGUGCCAAUGAUUCUGUGUGCUAUUCAGCACCCUAGUACAGUGCUAUUGGGUAUUCGCAUUAAUCAUAUAGUACGUCUAUACAGUUUCUGAUGAUUAGUUUAGCUGGUAAUAGUGUUUGUUCGUUGUAAUAAUUGAAACUGAUUGUGAAUACCGGGGUGGCGAGAAACAUGGUGAAAAAGUUAGAUGAAGAUGGAACAAAUGAAUCACAACAAAAAAGCAUAGCAUAGACACGAUAUAUAGCUGUAUCCACUUGUAUUCAUGCUUGUUAACUUUAGCUCAAUAUCACAAACCAAACACCCACUAUCCUUGUCGAUUUUUUGGAUCGGAUUAUUACUGACUAAAAGCAUCAAUCAGGACAGUGCUCACCAGUGUCUAGUGCUCCUUUUCAAAGAUGUUGCAAGACUGGAAUUUGUUAGCUUCAUAUGUCAGCAACCUUUGUUUCUUUUCUUAAAAAAGUUUACAUUUAUAGGGAAAUUCAUCAAUU